UGUAACUCCACUCGAUUCUUGAAUUCAUUCCGGAUAAAACAAUGCUUCGCUUUAUCAUCAAAUGAUUUCUUGAGUCAUUCUCCUUGACAGUCUCGUCAAACCCAGGCGAGAUAAAAGGCGACACGUCUUUGUUGAACAUAACCAACAUCUUUCUACCAACUGGAACAUCUUGACUGCCUCUAUACUAUCAUGGCUGAACAUCUGGAACGCGAACCACUCUCGGGAAUAGACAUUCUGAUUGUUGGCGGAGGUCUUGGUGGCCUGUCUGCUGCCAUCGAAUGCUAUCGAAAAGGCCACAACGUCCGCGUCGUCGAACGUCGACCAGGUCUCGAUCCCUUCGGUGACUUGGUCGCCAUUCAGCCCAGCGUGAUCCGUACAAUGCGCAAGUGGCCCGGAUUCGUCGAGAAGCUUCUCCACAACGACUUUGGGACCGACCUGCAUAUGUACAAGUUCGACGGGACUCUGAUCGGGGUUAUCCCCAUGGGCGAGUUUGACGCGGAGAUAGGAGAGCGCGCUGUCGCUGUUAGCCGUCGUGAAGCGCAUCGGACGUUGCAUGAAUACGCUACGGCGCUCAAUAUACCCAUUGAACAUGGAAUUUGCGUCGAGGACUAUUUGGAGACUGCUGACAAGGGUAUUACUAUUCUCGCAGAUGGGAGGAGGCUUGAGGCGGACGUUGUAAUUGCAGCGGAUGGAGUUGGAGGGAAGGCAUGGAGCAUAAUCAAUGGUAAGAAGGACAAGGCUGUUAGCAGCGGAUACGCUGUGUACCGCGCAACCUUCCCGCUCGAACAUGCGUUGAAGGUUCCCGAACUCGCUAAAGUGUUCAGUGGUGAAGGCCCAUAUGGGGCCAUAUACAUCGGGCAUAACACACAUACAGUCAUUGGUAAAAACAAGACCAGCGUUUGUGUUCUGAUGACUUAUCUGGACAGUGACAAUGCGACUGUGAAUUCGUCGAAGACACAGAGCUCUGAUCGUGCCCUUCAGCAUGUAAAAGGCUGGAGCCCAUUUGUCGCAGCCAUAUUCAAUGCGAUACCCAACAGGGAGGUCAUCGACUGGAAGCUCCUGUGGCGCGACCCCCAGCCUAACUGGGUUUCUCCUAUGGGUCGUAUCACUCAAAUUGGAGAUGCCGCUCACUCUCUUCUUCCUAGUAGUGCCAGUGGGGCGACCAUGGCCAUAGAGGAUGGUAUCGCUCUCGCGGCCUGUCUUAACAUUAGUGGAAAGAACGGUAUUCCUUUAGCUGCAUGGGUCUACAACAAGCUCCGAUUUGAGCGUGUGUCUUGUGCGCAAAGGAUGGGAUUAAAGACGCGCGAAAAGUUGCAUCACACGAAUUGGGAGAUUGCUUUGAAGAAUCCUCAAGCAGCGUUCGGUAAGCUUGUCGGCACGUGGUUGUCCAAGCACGAUGCGGAGAAGUACGCUUACGAUAAUUACGACGCAUGUGCGAAACAUGUGUUGGAGGGAGCGCCGUUUACGAACACGAAUACUCCUCCAGGAUAUACUUACGAACCGUGGACGGUUGAAGAAUUGUUGAGAGCGGUUCGGGAGGGGAAAGAGAUACAUGAUGCCGGUGAUUGGAACUGAUUGUGGAGUUAAUUCUAUAGUGUAGAACAUAGCGAACGUUUGUGUUGCUACUGUCUCGCAAUUACCAGCUUUAUUCAAGUUGCUUGAAUUCGGCAGCC